GUGUCGAGUGGAGAGAAAAGUGAAGAGUGCACAAUAAUAAUAAUGGGCGGAACCUUAAUUUUCAAAAUUGCCAAUUGAACUAAAUUUCAAUUGAUAAUAUAUCUUCCCAGAGAAAUCGGUUCUCAUCAAGUUGAGCUUAAAUCUCUGUUUCAUCUUCCAGGAUGGCUUUUAUGGAGUGGCGGCGUUUCACUUUUUUUGACCUGAACAAAAGCAUUGACAGCGGGAAGAUCAGUGAGGCGCUGAAGGGCUCACAAAUAACUACUUCGUCUAGUGGUCACAACAAUCUUGUCUUUGGAGACGCAGAAGGGUUUGUGCACCUGGCUAAUCGUAGUUUCGACGUGUCUACGUUCAGGGCUCACGAUGGCAAAGUCAAUUGCGUGCACCACAUCCAACAUUCCUCUUUCCUCGUUACAGUCGGGGAAGAUGAAGGAGGAAACUCCAUUCUCAGGGUGUGGGACACUGAGAAAAAGGACAAGCAAGGUUCCCCAAGCUCCCUGCGCUCGCACCGGCUGCAACCUGGAGGCAGGGGGGCCACGGUGACAGCCCUGGCCGUCCACCAGAACCAACUGGUUGCCAUAGGCUACUCGGACGGAACCAUUUUGCUGCAGCGAGGAGAUGUAGGCCGCGAGAGGGCGACGAAGCAGGUGGUGCUGCGGGAUAGUUCGGACAGCAUUUCUGGGCUGGCCUUCCGCAUCACCGCCAGGGCAAUGUUCCUGUUUGUUGCGACCACUGCUGGCUCCUUCCUUUACAACAUUACCACCAAGGAUAAGGAGUUUAAGCAAAAUUUGGACAGUUUGGGUUGUGAGCGGAAUUGCUGCGUUGCCACAGACUGCAUUCCCGAGUGCAACUUCAUCAUUGGCCGCACUGAUGCUGUGUAUUGCUACACUCCAGAAGGCAGAGGUCCAUGCUACGCCAUCGAAGGAAAGAAAAAACUGCUGCAGAUUUCACGAACGUAUCUUGUUGUCGUGGCUGAGGACAGGAAACCGGGUGGCAGCGAGGAAAACUCUAUAACAAGGUUUGCAAAGCUAUACUUAUUUCUAGGCAUUUCAGAUUAUAUUUUUUACAGUUUGACGCUGACGGUGCUUGACCUGCAAAAUAAAUUUCUCGUAUACACGGCUCCCGUCCGCGAGGUGCAGGCAGUACUGAGCGAGUGGGGCUACUUCCUUGUUCUCACUGAAGGGAACAACCUGCUUGCUCUGGCCGAAAAAGAUGUGCAAUCUAAGCUGUCGAUGCUUUUUAAGAAGAAUUUGUACGACGUCGCCAUAAGAAUCGCGAAAAGUCAGCAAUACGAUGCUGAAGGGUUGAGCGACAUUUUCAGGCAGUAUGGAGACCACCUUUACAGCAAAGGAGACCACUCAGGGGCCAUUGAGCAAUACAUUAAGACCAUUGACACAUUGGAACCUUCAUAUAUUAUCAGAAAAUUUUUGGACUCGCAACUAAUUGAAUACCUGACCACGUAUCUGCAAGCGCUGCACAAGCACGGUUUGGCCGGUGAGGAUCACACGACUCUGCUGAUAAACUGCUACUCCAAGCUGAACAGAACAGACAAGCUUCGAGAAUUCGUGCUGACAAAAGAUCGAGACUUGGACUUUGACGUCGACACUGCAAUCAAAGUUUGCCGGCAAGUGUCGUCUGCUGACGCUCUCACUCUGGCUCUAAAACACCGCAGACACGAUUGGUACGUGAAAAUCCAGCUGGAAGACAAGCAAGAGUACAAGAAGGUUCUCGAAUACAUUUCCGAGCUGCCUUUCCACGACGCGGAGGCCAACAUGAAAAAAUAUGGACCGCUGCUGUUGAAGGAGGCGCCGCAAGAAACGACAGAUUUUCUUAAAAGACUCUGUUCCAAUUACAAGCCCAAAGGAGAGCCGCUUAUUGAUCCAAGGGAAUUUGAUGGCAGCAGAUUGGAAGAAAAUCGGGCCAAUCCAGAGGAGUUCAUACACUUGUUUCUGGAAAACCCUGACAUGCUGAUUCAAUUCCUAGAGCAUUCCAUUCAGGUUGAUCCGCACGAGAGCAAUUUGGUCUACAACACCCUGGUAGAGCAGUAUUUGCAGGUGUGGGAAGCUGGAGAUAUGGAAGAAAAAAGGCAGCUAGGACAGAAGGUUAUUAUGCUGCUGCAGAAUCCUGACGCAAACUUUGACCGCGCCCAGACCCUGAUCCUCUGUCAGCUGCACCACUUUUCAGAUGGUCUUCUUUAUUUGUAUGAGGACUCAAAAAUGUAUCAACACAUGAUGCGUUAUUACGCCUCAAGCAGAGAUUACGAAGGUCUGUUGGCUUGUUGUCGGAAGUUCGGAGGCCAGGAGCCAACUCUCUGGGUGCAAGCUUUGAACGCCUGUUCCAAGGAUUCUGGUGCUCCAGCUCACGUUCUGUCAGAAAUUUUGCUAGUAAUUGAAAAAGAUAGACUACUGCCACCACUGUUGGUGAUUGACGCUCUGGCCUCAAGCAGCGCCACCCUGGGUGACGUCAGGUCGUACCUUCUAGGAGUGCUGAAGGGAGAGGAGGAGAUGACAAAGCAGGAGCAAGCGCUGAUUGAAAAGUAUUCUGCAGAAACUAGAGCAAUCCGCCAGCAGAUUAACGCCAUCGAGACAAGCAAUGUGAUAUUCCGGGCAAAUCUGUGCAACGCGUGCAACCAGCACUUGGAGAUGCCCUCCAUCCACUUCCUCUGCCAGCAUUCAUUCCACCAACAUUGUUUUCAGAGUUGUUCCGAAAGUGAUCACGAGUGCCCGGUUUGUUUGCCAAAUAACAAGAAAAUAAUGGACAUCAUUAAAUCACAAGAGCAAUCGAGAUCUCUUCAUGAGUCAUUCCAUAGUCAACUAGAGCGCGCGCAAGAUGGAUUUUCCCUGGUGGCCGACUACUUUGGACGCGGUGUGUUUAACAACCCUGUAACAACUGCCACCUCACCUGGUGUCACUCAAAAGAAGAUCGUUGAGUCAGCGAAAGACAAUAUCGCGUCAGAGGCAAGACUUAGGCUCAUGGAAGGGGGCUCAGGUGCAACCACGCAAAGUGCCUCAGUAACCGACCGAUACGAGCCCUGGUCGCAUUCCGAGGCGCAGGCGGUUCCUCUCGCAGCAAAGUCGGUAAGUUCGGCGAGAAGGUCACCUCAGCCAAUUGUGCUGUCGGUGCCAAAGAAUCCGUUUGAUGAAUCUCCCGAGUAUGACGAUGCCAAGAAUCCCUUUGCUGAAGAUGAGGUCGCUGUUGAGGCUGCGCCAAAGGAUUCCACGCCGCAAAAGGCCUCUGUGAAGUCAAUCAAUCCUUUUGAGGACGAAGAGGAUGAUUAUGAUAAAAACUUGAAUCCUUUUGGAGAGGAUUAAUGCUUUUUCAUAUAUUUUUGUUUUUUGUUUAUGGAAGAAAUAUGCUUUACAAGACUGCGAAAUUGUUCAUUCUGUAUAAUUAAUUUUAACUGCUCCAAUAAAUAUGUAUUAAUUUUCGCGUGGCUUGAAAUCGUCAUCAAAUAAACCUUUUUUCAUCAUUGAGUAAAA